AUGGAUCCGCCGCCGGCCGGUGGUUCAAGAAGGGCUCAUGGACCAACCGACAAAGGAGGCAAGGCGCGACACAGGCUUGGACUCAAGAAGGGCUCCGUCCCUGGAGCGUCGACACCAGGUGCGCCGCCACCGGUUACUGGGCCGCCGGCGACUCACUGCCCAACUUCGUCGACUCCCACCCCUACGGCGCCUCCCCUUGCUGCGCCUACUUGGUCCCCUGCUGCGCCGACGUCGUCCAUGCCGCAAGGAGCAGGAUGGGGCACCAUACCCCCAGAUUUUGCAUCUGUUCAGGGAAACCAACAAGGCCCCAAUCCAUGGAUAUAUCCGCUAGGGAGUUUUCUAAAUAUAAUGCAUCAACCAAACUAUCCGCCGCAAUCACAGGGAGAGAACUUUCAUUUUAUUGGUCAGAAUAUGGCAUUCAACCCAAUUUCUCCACCAAAUUCAGCAAGUUCCUAUGGAACACCUUCACCACAAAGUACAGAACAAGCCAUGCAACAAGAAACUUCAACUACCAAGCCAAUGAAGCAAAGAAGUUUGAGGUACUGGACUCAUGAAGAGGAAGAGCGAUUGGCUAGUUCUUGGCUGGAAAUUUCUAAGGACCCAAUUCAUAGAAAUGAUAAGAAAGGUGACACAUUUUGGAAAGAAAUCACAAGUGAGUUCAAUAGGAAAGGGAAUGGGAAGCGUACAUGGGAACUCAACCAACUAAAGGUACACUGGUCACGCCUCAAGACAGCAAUUGGUGAGUGGAAUGACUACUGGACUAAGGUGACUCAAAUGCACACAAGCGGUUACUCUGAUGACAUGCUAGAGGAAGAGGCACAGAAGAUGUAUGCAAACAGGCAUAGAAAGAAUUUUACCCUGAUACAUUGGUGGAAGAUUCUCAAAGAUGAGCCCAAAUGGUGUGCACAGUUCGAGACAGAGAAAGACAAGAAAGACAGUAUUGAAGUAGUUGAGAUUCCAGAUGCACAGAAACGUCCGCCAGGUAGAGAAGCUGCAAAGGCUGAGCGCAGAGGAAAGCGCAAGAAAGAGAAUGUCAAGGAUGGAAUUGUCAUCCUAGGGGAGGACAUUGAUAAAAUAGUCAAGGUUGAAGAAGAUCGAAAGAUGGAGCGCGACAAAGUCACAGCUGCUCAGAUUCAGAUAUCAAAUGCUAAUUUGAAGGCAGCACAGGAGCACAAGGAAGCAAAGAUGUUUGAGGUGUACAAUUCUCUGAUUACUCAAGAUACAAUGAACAUGUCUGAAGAGGCUAAGGCGUCACGAGAGAAGGCAAUACGCAAGUUAGAAGAAAAGUUAUUUGGGGCCUAA